AUGCCAUCCGGUUCGGGAGUCCGAGGCAGGCAAGCCUCCGGCUCAGCUUCCGGCUCUGGUUCCGCCGACAACAGCAGCGGUCGCAUUUCCAAACCAAAACCCAUCAGUUUCCCCGCCCCCAUAAUAUACCUCAACGAUGACGAACGUCCCGAGUUUACAGUCACUCACCAGGUCUACAUGAUGCGGGCGCUUCUCAAGAACAACGGCGUUGAUCUCAGCCAGUUCUCUUCAACGACGCCUGCAACGGAUGACGAAAAGCGUGCCCUGGAACUCUCCAUUGCGAGGGCAUACAAUUCCACGAUUGCGGAGCAAAAGCGCAAAAUCAUCAACCAGUACAAGAGGGCGCCGAGGUUCACCUUUUCAUAUCUCGAACCUUGUUGCUAUCCGAUCUGCAAGUUUCGAGGAUUUGCUUGUGGCCAAGGCAACGAACUCUUCAUAAGCUGCACUUCUCACGACCUCGUCAAGUACCCCGAUGAGGAGGGCUACGGUAACGUCCACGGGUACGUGGUAGAGGCACGAUAUGCGCUGAACACUUCCCACCUUGGACUAAUGCCCGAUUCCGCGCUUGAAUACGUCCCGAGGUUUGUUCGCUCGGUAUGCCAGAGCAUGAGCGAGAUCGAUGAAUCGCUGGACUACAUCUCUCUCAAGCCUCGUACAGCAUCAGAAGAGUUCGGGGACAAGUUCAUGGCGUUGGACGCACAGUACAAGAAAGGCUGUCUGCCGAGACUUAACGAGGCGAGGAUGACUAUCGCCGAAUCAUUCCUGAGCAGACAAGAGGAGUUGGCGAAAUGGGUCAAAAGGAUGAAAGGGACUUGA